GUCUCCCUGAUUAAAUAAUUUAUUUAAAAAAGUCGUUUUCUUCAAUUUCGUACGGACGGAUAUCCCGUCGAAGCACGUCUCGGCUUCGAUCUUCGUUUCCGAUUUCGGGGAAGUUCUUGUUCGUUUUCACUUUCGGAUCUGUGUUUCGUGUUCGUUGAUUCUGCGUGAAGCAUGAUGGUUUCGCGAUUGUCGUGACGUUUUGCGUUCGAGAGCUCGAUCUGCUUUCUCUCUCUAGAUUUGCUCUUUUUUUCCCACCUCUGUGAAAAAGAAAGCGGCGGAGGGAGGAAAAGGGGGAGGUUUCGUUUGAUGCUGCGGUUCUGACGCCAUGAGGAAGAAGCUCGACACGCGAUUUCCAGCUGCAAGGAUCAAGAAGAUAAUGCAAGCAGAUGAAGAUGUAGGGAAAAUUGCAUUAGCAGUUCCUGUUCUAGUCUCAAAAGCAUUAGAAUUAUUUUUGCAAGACCUUUGUGACCGUACAUACGAAAUAACUCUUCAAAGGGGAGCAAAGACUAUGAAUUCACUGCAUUUAAAGCAUUGUGUGCAAAGCUAUAACGUGUUUGAUUUCCUGAGGGACAUCGUCAGCAGGGUUCCUGACUAUGGUCAUGGUCAUGGUCAUUCAGAUGCUGUCUCUGAUGAUAGAACAGUGUCCAGAAGAAGGAAGGCCACCAUCGACGAUGGUAACGACACUGAUGAAGAAGCCAAGAAGAGCAGGAUGCUUGAGAUGGGCCAUAGCCAUACUGGCAGCAGUGGCAGAGGAAGAGGCCGAGGCCGAGGAAGAGGCCGUGGGCGUGGUGGCCGAGCCACUGAGAGGGAGACUCCACACCAUGAAACCGAAUCAUCUGAGCCGACCACAUCUCUGCAGCCUCUCAACAAGAACAUUGCCAAUCAAGGAACAAUCUUGGAUCCCAGCUCUGAGCCAAAGAAAACUACUGAGGAAACUGUCACAGCCACUGAGGGUUCCAAGCUCGAGGCGCAUGGUUUUGAUCUGAACACUCAAGUUACUGAGAACGAGGGCACCCCAGCCAAAGUUCCAGCAGCUGGUGUUUCAUCUGAGGAACCUAAUGCUGAUGAGGCCAAACACGAAGAAUAUCCAGGGUGGUCACUCUCCGAGGUGGACAAGAUGGCCAUUGACCCUCUUCAAUUGGCAAAUCUUGGUGGCCGCAUUGAUGAGGAUGAUGAAGACUACGAUGAGGAGGGCUAAAACCAGGAGCCUCAUGUAGACACUCGAGAUGUGUCGGAUAGCUGGAAGACAAUGGGUAGAGUCCUGGAGGAGCAGAGGAGGUCCAAAUCAUCACCAGACAAGCGGUAUGCAUUGUGGAAGAUUGUACCCUGUUUGGUGCUCCCCGGAAAGAGUUUGGUUCCCUCUCUGCAUUUGGUUUCAUAUCGCAUCUGAAUUUUACCAUAUUGUAAGCUAACAUCAUCAUUCUCCAAGAAUGUCGUCCUUUGCCCUUAGAUUUUCUCAGGGAAUGUAGUCUCAGAAUGUUAGAAGAGUCCGCUUCUGCUCUUUCGGUCAUCCAUUGUUGUAGUAAAAAAUUGGUAAUCUUAAUUAAGCAAGAGUUAGGAAGGCUUCUCUUUGCA